AUGAGCGAUAGGGGUCUUUUGGAACAGUUGAAUCGAAUUACGGAUACUUUGUCACGCUCGCUCGCCAACCUGGUGAAAAAUUCGUCGAUUUCGAAGGAAGGAGACGAGGACGAGCAUGGGAACUACAACACGCCAGAGUCCGCUGCGAGAACGUCUACCUCGGGGCUGAUGCUAGUAAACGCCCAAACGGCGCAAUUGAUUAGGGGAAUUCAGGACUUGAUGGUGAUGACUCGCACAAUUCGUGAAAAGUGGCUACUGACCCAGAUUCCAGACGAAAACGAUGAAUCGCAGCUCGAGCUGGAUUAUAAAAAAUGCUCACAAUUGCUGGAACAAUGGGAGAAAGAGGUUUUAGGCUAG